AUGCCCUCGAAACCAGAAAUUCGAAAGACACCACAGCUAGGCAGUGAGGAGCUGGUUCCUUUUGACCACGCUGCUGCUGGACAUGAAGGCGUUCGCUGUACGACCUCUGGCGCGCUGAUCGCAAAACCGUGCACGCGGCAGGAGGUAGAAUUCUACGAAUCCAGCGCGCUCCACCCAGCAAUCCAGGAGUUUAUGCCCCUCUACAUUGGAUCCCUCUCAUCUUCCCCGCAACAGCAACCGCUGGCGAUUGCUGUCGCCCGAGGAUCUAGCGUCCUGCCCCUCCCCGACUCUGGCGACAAAGCCACCGAUUUCUCCCUUCCUGCCCAUCCGCCGUCACACACAACCGCCGCGCACGAAGACGGCGCUGCCCCCACCAAGGAGGAAGCAGCAUGGGUGCCCUCUGGAGGCAAGGAAAUUGAUACUGGCUUGUCAGUCGUGUUGGAGAACAUCGCAUGUGGGUUCCGGCGGCCGAACGUGCUAGACGUUAAGCUCGGCGCGCGUUUAUGGGCCGACGAUGCGCCGCUCGAGAAGCGGAAGAAGCUUGAUGCCGUCUCUAUGGAAACUACCAGCUCUAGCCUUGGAUAUCGCAUCGCGGGCAUGAAAGUCUGGACUGGCCACAAUGGGGAGACUGAUGAAGGUGACCGAACAGAUCCUUAUGCUACGAAAGAUGAGGGCGCAGAGGGCGAAAGGGGCGAAGUCAUCGAGAAGGAUGGUUAUCGCCGCUACGACAAGUGGUACGGUCGCUCUUUCAAUAAGGAUAAUGUCAAGCAGGGCUUUGGAACUUUCCUUGCUGGCGCAAAGGCGGGCAAGAUAGACCGAUCAAAGAUGGUUGCCCAGCGCUUGGCAAGGGAAUUGAAAGAUCUGCAGCUGGUUAUUGAAGCCGAAGAGAGCCGGAUGUACUCCGCAAGUGUGCUAGUGGUCUACGAAGGGGAUAUUGAAGCGAUGGAGCGUGCAAUUGAAGAGGAACAGAAAGUCCCAGCGCCCCGUUCCCAGGAAGACGAAGCCGAAGCCGAAGACGAUGACGAAUUUGAACUACCCGAAGAAACUUUGGAGCUGGUCAAUGUCCAUCUUGGUGAUGGGACGCCUCAACAGGCUAUCAACAUCAGCAUUGAUCCCGAAACUAUGCCAUUGCCCGACGAUGACGAUGACGAAGAGGACGAAAUUCCUAAAGUACACGCUCUCCGCCUGAUUGAUUUUGCACAUGCCAGCUGGACCCCUGGUCAGGGACCCGAUGAGAAUCUUCUCAAGGGUGUGCGCAGCCUGGUGAAGGUCUUCGAGGAACUGGCAGAGUGA